ACCAAAUAUUUUUAAUUUCCAGAUUUUAUUUCGUGCAUCUUUUUAAAUUAAGCUUAGUCAAAGUAUCAUAAUAAUUAGUGUGAUAAUAAGUGGCUAUUAAUGAGUACUUGACAUAUUUCAAUUUGCUUCAAGAAAUUAAUUAAGUUGCAUUUUAUAUUACUCAAUGAGUGCUGAGGAAGAAGUAUUGCAUAUCCAACGAAAAUUGAUAAAAAUGACCAAUGGUGAUGGAACGGGUCAAGAACAAGCUCUUGAAUUACUUAAAAUUCUACAACAGUUACCAGUGAACCUAGAUUUACUCCAAAAAACACGAAUUGGAAUGACAGUAAAUGCUCUUCGGAAGUCAAGUAAAGAUGAUGAAGUUAUAGGUCUCUCCAAAACCUUGAUCAAGAACUGGAAGAAAUUUUUGUCAGGGUCAAACAAAGAUUGCAAAGAUGCUUCAAAUAGUAGUUUUAAAAAAAGGGAAGAAAAAUUGUAUCGACAAAAAGACGGUGCUGACUUCAAAAUCGAUAAACCUUUUUUUGAAAAUAAAGAAUACAAAUCGAAAGAAGAAAAAGUAAGCAAAGAUAGUUUAAAAAAGCAAUCUUCCUUUCCACCUCCCACAACUACAGAUGCAGUGCGAUUAAAAUGUAGAGAAUUACUAGCUUCAGCCUUGAAAGUAGAUGGAACAGUUAUCGAAGGGUGUGCUAGCCCAGAUGAGCUAGCUGAAGAGUUAGAAGAUGCUAUAUUCGCAGAAUUUAAGAAUACGGACAAUAAAUACAGAAAUAGGAUUCGUAGUCGAGUUGCUAACUUAAGGGAUUCAAAAAAUCCCACAUUAAGAACAAAUUUUAUUAUAGGAGCCAUUACUCCAGCAAGACUUGCUAUUAUGACAGCAGAAGAAAUGGCUAGUGAUGAAAUCAAACUAAUAAGAGAAAAAUUUAAGAAAGAAGCCAUUAACGAUGCUCAACUUGCAACUGUUCAAGGCACAAAAACAGAUUUGUUAAAAUGUGGAAAAUGUAAAAAAAGAAAUUGCACCUACAAUCAAGUGCAAACAAGAUCUGCUGAUGAACCUAUGACAACAUUUGUCUUAUGCAAUGAAUGCGGUAAUAGGUGGAAGUUUUGUUAACAAAUCUGUUAUCAAUUAUAACAGACAUGUAUAUAGUUUUACUGCAUCAAGACAUCUAAUAAUGAAGAACAAAUUGAUUUUUUUUAAAUCUGUUUAAUUAUUUAAAAAAUAUUUAAUUCUUCAUAUGAAUGUAA